UUUUGACUGUAUCGACGUUUCACCAGCAGGCAGCAGAAAAGAAAGAAAAGAGAAGAGAAAAACGAACUUUGCGUUAGAUCUAAGACAAACAAAUAGGAAAAAAAAGGUUUCUACAUACUCAUUACACAAUUUUAUUUAUUCAAUUUCACCCGCAAACUGAGCUGAUUGCACACCAAACAGACGGUCACCUAAUCUCCGGCCAUACAAUCACCAAAUUGAUCGACGCCGAAAUUAAAGAGGGAGGAAGGAUCAAACGGUAGGUUGCGAGUUGGAUGACAAGGAUUUGAUUGAGUAGGAGAUAGUGUAGGUUUUAUAAACGGAGUGAAUCGGAUGGACAAGAAUAAGAGCCGUACCGAUAUGCUCGCCGCUGGUCGUAAAAAGCUUCAACAAUAUCGUCAGAAGAAGGAUGGUAAAGGCAGUAGUAGUCAUGCAAAAUCUUCAAAAAAGUUCAGCAAAUCUGAGCAGCUGGAACCUAAUGCUGAUGAAGUUGCUAACAUUGCUAAUUCAACAGAAACGCCUCAAGUUCUUGAAGCGGUAUCCCCCAAGGAUUCUGAUAUGGGAGUUCUAGACUCUUCAGUAUCUCAUUCUACUGAGAGCUUAGCGACUUCUCAUGUUGAUAUUGUGGCAGUAGACUCAUUGUCAAUGUCCAUUACGCCCGAAACAGCAUUGGAUGAUAGCAGUAAUAUGGAAAAUCAGGAAACAGCAGUCUAUGAGGAUGUUAUGGAUUCCUCAAACCCAAAUCGCAGGGAAAGAAUCGAUGUUUCUGUUCCUCCUUCCAGAAUGGAAACCAGAGAUGACAGCACUCCUAUAGACGAACCGGAGAGCAGAUAUAGGGAGGAGGACAGUUCUUUUGUGACACAAAGAGAUUCCCUUGAUAUUCAUGCAAUUGGUGAUCAGGUAACAGAUGUAGGGGCAAUGCAGGAAGCUGAUUGUUUGGGUUUGAAGCAUUCUGGCGCACACCGAAUCCUGGAACUUGAAGAAGAUGGGAGAUCUGAGCAUGAAAGUAAUUUUGGAACUCCGGCUUCAGAAAGAGCAGAUUUGAAGGACUCAGCCUCUCAACUUGAGCAAAAUGAUGGGGCAGAUGAUAAAUCUGCCUCAGCUAGUGCUAUAGGCAUGUCAGAUGGGCAUUUGGCUUCUACUUUGUCUCCUUCAGCGGCAGAGGGAAUCUUGGGCGGUGUCCAUGAAGUGGAAAAUCAAUCAGAGGAAGUUGGUAAUAUAGAUCCAUCUAGUCUAGAAAACUUCAAGACUCUGUCGGAGACUGCUCAUUUCGGAGAAAACAAGGAAGGCAGCCAAGUUGGUAGAAAUGUGGAGGCUUGUAAGCAGCAAGAAAUGCCUGAGGAGCCUUUUGUAUUUGUGGAUAAAAGCCAUAAAGACUUUUUAUUAACUGAAAUUCCAAGUUCAAAUUUUGAAUCUAGUGCAUUCCCUCCUGGUGAUGUGGGCGCAAUCACCUUCACACAGCUCAUAGAGGUGAUCAAAGGGCUUAGUGAAGAUGAAUAUAACCUGCUACUUUUGUCAAGAGAAUCUACCACCAGUUCGAUCUCACUGCAGCAUAAUUCUGCUGUUUUGAUGGAGAGACUGAGAGAAGAACUAUUCUUGACAAGUUGUUUAAAGGAUAUCCUGCACUUGCAACUCACUGAACAGUCAGAUUUGCAUACUGAGCUUGAUCACGAUUUUCAGAAAUUGGACUCUGAUUUUUCCGUGCUUCAAGCUUCGCUUUGUGAAUCCCGUGAUCGGUACGAUUGUCUUGCUGAAGAGCUUGCAGCCUGCAGGUCUGAACUCAAGGCUACUGUGAAUGGGAAAGAGGAGCUGCAACUCCAGUUUCAUGCAGCUAAAACUGAGGUUGAGGAAGUUGCUGCCAGAGAAAAUGAGUUGCAGAACUGUCUGGAAAGGUCUCAAUCAGAUUUACUGAACCUGUCGCAGGAGUUGGCUAAUUGUAAGGGUUUGAUGGGGACACUACAUGCAGAAAAUGAGAACUUACAUCAGACUAUUGCUUUAUUAACUGAGGAGGGAAAGGAACGUGUGAAUGAAAAGAAUGCUUGUCUCAAUGAGCAUGAGAAGUUGUUGAAGGAGUUAUCUGACUGCAAUAUCUUGGUGGCAGCUUUACAGGUGGAAAGUUCUGAAGUAAGUGGAACUCUUGCUUCAGUUACAGAAGAGUGCAAGAAGCUUGAAGAGCGGAAGGAGUAUCUUGCUACUGAAAAUGAGAAGCUAUUUAAGCAAUUGUCUAACUGCAAGGAUUUAAUGGAAGCUCUACAGGUUGAAAAUGUCAAUUUAAGGGUGGAGCUUGCUGUAAUAACAGAGGCUGGAAAGGAAUCUGAGGAGGAAAAAGAUUAUUCUGUUAAUGAGAUGGAAAGACUUUCAUUUGAGAAUGCUGUUCUGAAUCAGAAGUUAUCUAAAGAUCACAGGGAACAUAUGCAGUUAGAGGCUGACAUAGAAGAAGUGACAAUGUGUCUUGAACAGCUAACUGUGGAGAACAUAUUUCUUAAAAGUAGUUUAGAAGUACUUAAAACUAUGAUGAGAGAAUCUGACGAUGUGCAAGCCAAAAGAUUAUCAAUUAAUGAAGUUCGACCUUUGGACAUACACAACAGGUUCUAUGAGAUUGAAUCUGUUGAUGAACUGUUACACAAAAGGGAUGGAAAGCAAGAUGCUGGAAUUGCUGCUUCUUUGCCAGGAAAGUCCCUGUAUAAUGCUCUUUCAGGAGGCCCACCACCUGAAUCAUUUCAGAUGGAAGUCUUAGAUGAAUCUUUGGGGUUUGUAGCCUUCAAAGGUCGACUGGAGGAGGCAGAAAAGAUUUUGCGAAAACUUGAGAAGGCAAUUGAAGGGGCUAAUUCUCAUGCAGGAUUGUUGAACAGAUCUGGUAGUAAAGUGGCAGCUCCACCAGUGUCAAAACUGAUUCAAGCUUUUGAGUCAAAGUCGCAUUCUGAAGAGCACGAGGCUGAGAGUACAGCCAUGGCUGAGGAUCAAUCUCCAGCAGAAGAUCCAUUUUCAUCAAGUAAAGAGUGUGCAGGAGAUUUGAAGACCAUACUUAUGCAGUUAACAUCAGAUGCUGCAAAUGCCAGCUUGUUAUUUAAGGCAGAACUAGAGAGUAGAAGCGCUGCUAGUGUCACAAUUAAGGAGCUUAAGUUUCAGAUUGAAGCCAUGGAGGAAUACACCAAUAAUUUGGAAGCUACAAACAUUGAAUUUGUCGUUCUUUACGAAGCAGUAAAGCAACAUUUUUCUGAUGUUAAAGAAAAGAAUUAUGAGCUCGAAUGUCUCUAUGAAACCAUGAAGCAACAGAAUAGCAAUCUGAAAGCAGAAAACAGUGUGCUUAGUGAAAAUUUGUCUGUGCGAGAGUUAAAGAUUGAUGAAUUUCAGAAUCAGCUGCUUGAUUUACAGCUAAGUUCAGAUGAGUUGGCUUCUGCACUUCGUGGUCAAUUAGAAAAUUUUCAGAAGGCAGUGGUUGAUAGAGAAGGGAUCGCAGAGCAGGAGUGGAAUUUUACUAUUGCCCAAAUUAUUGAAGCAUUAAAGUUGCUCGAUGAGACUACUGGACCUCAUACUGAUAAUGAUGGGGAUGGUUCUAUGGACAUAAUUAGCCAUGCUACUUUUUCUGUUAAUUUAGCUGUUAAGACCAUUGGGGACCUGAAGGAGAAGCUUGAAGUGGCUCGUUCAGAAAAUGAAGCAACCUUUAAUUUAUUCAAUGAAGUGAAUGAGAAGUGUAAUCUAUUACUCAAAAAGAAUGAUUCAAGUACUGUUACAUUGGAUAGACUAUAUUGUGAACUUAAGAAAUUAGUUAUAGAUUCAUGUGGCUCCUUGGGCGACACAGAGAUUGUUAUUCAAGAUGAGAAAUUGCCUGCUCCUGCAGACUACAAUUUGUUUAAAGUUCUUCUGGUACAAUUGGAGAAUGUUCUGGCCGAGAGGCUGCAGCUGCAUUCUGUUAACAGGAAGCUUAAUUUGGACUUGGUGAAUAUAGCAAAGGAUGUGGAGGAAGUGAACAGAAAAAGUGCUGAGUUAAGUACCAUUGAAGACUUGAUAGAAUCUUUGGAGGGUGUAGUUAAACUUGAAGAUGAUAAGGUCGACACAGACAGGUUGCCUGUUUCGCGUCUGGAGGCACUCAUUUCUUCACUUGUUCGCAAAUGUAAGGAGGCUGAUGAACAAGUUAACUCAUCUAGGAACCUGGUUGGUUCAGAUAUGGAGGAAUUUACAGAAAUUAGGGAAAAAAUAAGUCAGUUGACUGCCCUGAAACUUCAGUAUGAAACUGAAAUUCUUCUACUUAAGGAACAUGUAAGUCAAGUUGAGGAUGCUCUUUCCCAUGUGCAAACGGAUUUGCAGGAGAAAGUUGGUGAACUGGAACAGUCAGAACAGAAGGUGUCUUCACUUAGAGAGAAGCUUAGCAUUGCUGUUGCCAAGGGGAAAGGGCUGGUAAUUCAGCGUGAUAAUCUCAAAAAGUCCUUGUCAGAGACAUCUAGUGAAUUGGAAAGAUGCUCACGAGAAUUGCAAUUGAAAGAUGCCACACUGCAUGAGCAAGAAAGUAAAUUGAAGGUCUAUUCAGAGGCAGGUGAGCGCGUGGAGGCUCUGGAGUCUGAGCUUUCAUACAUUCGCAACUCUGCUACUACAUUGAGAGAAUCAUUCCUUCACAAAGAUUCAGUGCUCCAAAGGAUAGAAGAGAUUUUCGAAGAUCUAGAUUUGCCCGAGAAUUUUCAUUCAAGAAAUAUAAUUGAGAAGGUUGAUUGGCUAGCUAGGUCGGCAACUGGAAACUCUUUGCCUCCGACUGAAUGGGAACAUAAGAGUUCUGUGGGUGGUUCAUAUUCUGACGCUGGUAUUGAUGUCAUGGAUUCCUGGAAGGAGGAUGUACAGCCAAACUCAAAUUCAGGGGAGGACUUGAGAAGGAAAUAUGAGGAUCUACAAGGAAAGUUUUAUGGGUUGGCUGAGCAAAAUGAAAUGCUGGAACAGUCAUUGAUGGAAAGAAAUCAGUUGGUGCAGAGAUGGGAAGAACUUUUGAACAGGAUCCAUAUGCCUGCACACUUACAGACUGUGGAACCUGAGGAUAGGAUUGAGUGGCUUGGAAAUGCAUUUUCAGAGGCUACUAAUGAUAGGAAUUCUCUGUUGCUUAAUCUUGACAAAUUUAAAAACCAUUGUGAAUCACUUACUGCAGAUUUGGAUGAGUCUACAGAGAAAAUAUCUUGCAUUAAUUCUGAGUUGGAGGAGUCCCAGAAGAGAGUAUCUGAUCUUGAGAUGAAUAUUCAAGCAGUUAUUAAUGAGAGAGAGAACCUGUCUGAAAGAUUGGAGAUUCUAAAUGGCGACCAUGAUAAACUUUCAGCAAAUCUGGUUCAAUAUGCUUCUGACAAUGAAAAGCUGCAGAAUGAGGUUACUGGUUUGCGGGAGAAACUGGUUCAGGAGCUUGGGAAUGAGAAGCAUAUUCAGAGAAUUAAUGGGGAGAUACGCAGGCUGCAAGAUUUAGUUUGUGAUGCACUGAAGGAUCCUGCUAUGGGAUAUUUGAAUUCUGGUGAAGAUGGUAUUGGAUGCUUGGAAGAAUUACUGAAGAAGCUUAUAGAGAAAUACAGUACUAAUUUUGUUGCUCACCAGAAUGCUAGAGAAGCUGAAACCAAUAACAGUGAAGAGAGGACUAAAGGUAUCCUGGAUGUGGAAUAUGAUGUAGCCGUUGUUGGGAAAGAUGCCGUGGAUAGUGAUGAGUUAAACAUGGAUGUUCUGAAGAAAAAGCUGGAUGAGACUAUGAGUGAGCUAGUAUAUGUGAGAGAGGAAAAAGAUAGAUAUUUGCAGAAGCAACAGGCUUUGGUUUGUGAAGUUGAAGAACUUGAAAGGAAAAAAGUAGAGUUACAAGGGCUUCUUAAUCAAGAGGAGCAGAAGUCUGCUUCUUUAAGAGAGAAGUUGAAUGUUGCAGUGAAAAAAGGGAAGUCCUUGGUUCAGUUACGUGAUAGUCUAAAAAAAACAACAGAAGAGUUAAGUACUGAGUUGGAGUACUUGAGAUCUGAGAUCAAGCACCGUGAAAAUGCUCUUGCAGACUAUGAACUGAAAGUAAGAGACUUAACUAGUUUAUCUGACAGGUUAGAAUCCCUUGAGUCCGAGAAUUUGCUCUUGAGGAAUCGGUUGGUUGAAAAUGACAACGUUUUGCAAGGGAAAGAGCAUAUUCUUUCCAUGAUUUUGAAUGCUCUAGAAGGUAUCGACCUUGGUAGUGAAACUUAUAAGGGUGAUCCUAUGAAGAAGCUGGAACACAUUGCGAAAUUAUGUCGUGAUAUGCCCGCUGCUGUGGCUUUCUCCGAGGAAGAGUCUAGAAAGUCUAGAAGAGCGGCAGAGCUGCUGCUUGCAGAACUCAAUGAGGUUCAAGACAGGAAUGACAACCUCCAAGAGGAGCUAUCCAAAGUCACUGCGGAACUUGUGCAAUUCUCCGAGGAUAAGGAUUUAGCAGAGGCUGCCAAAUCUGAUGCUCUUUCACGUCUUGAAAAGUCAUCCUUGGUUCACAUUGAGGAUAAAAAGAAACGAGAUUAUGAACUUGACUUGUUAUAUUCUGCUGCAAAUGACCUUAGGAAAAGCUUUUCUAAUAUCCCUGAUUUAGUUGCUGGUGUUUCCUCUAAAGAGCUGGAAUUUAUGCAAAACCUCAAGUCUGGGAUGAAAUCGUGCCUUCAGAAUGUAGGGACCGAUAUUGAGGUUCAUGUGCCUCUUUUUGGUGCAUCUGAUGACAAUCAGGAAAACAAGAUGAACUUCAUGAGUAUGGGUUUUUCAUCAAAAACAAAUAUGCCAGACCGUUUUGAUAAUGACAACUUUACUGAAGUAUGUAGCUCUUUGCAAGAACUCGUUAAAGAAAUCGGUGCCACUAAAGUGAUGUUACAUGAGCACUCAGAGACAUUUCACCAACAAGCCAACUAUGUUUCCAAGUUAAUGGGAUCCAUUCAAAUAGGCAUCACUUCCCAAAAAGAGUCAUUUGAGACCGUUCAAAGAGAUCUCAAACUUAAAGAAUCAGUUGCAAUGGAAAAGGACAUGGAAAUUGCUGCGCUGCGCAGGAAUGGCUCUUUGCUUUAUGAAGCCUGCUCCAGUUCUCUCAUUGAAAUUGAAAACACAGGAGUAGAAGUUGCAAAUUUUGUGACUGUCAGAGAUCAGGGAUUGAAGUUGAAGCCAGCAAGACUUGGUGAUGGUGGAUAUUCUUAUGGUGGAGAGAGUAGUUUUUCGUCCGAGGAACAUGUCAGGGAUAUGGCAGAGAAACUGCUAUUGGCUGUGAAUACGUUUGCUAGCUCGAAAAGUGAGACUAUAGAGGGCCAUACCAAGGAAAUGAAAGACACAAUCUCAAAUCUGCAGAAGGAGCUCCAGGAGAAGGACAUUCAGAGAGAGAGGAUUUGCAAGGAUCUUGUUGGUCAAAUUAAGCAAGCCGAAGCUACUUCAACAAGCUACUCCCUUGAUUUGAAAUCCACAAAAUCUCGCGUGAACGAUUUGGAGAAAAAGCUUGAAAUGAUGACAGAUGAGAAAAAAUUAUUGGAAUACAGAGUCGAAGAACUUCAGGAUCAGCAAACCAUCUUAGCUGAGUUACAGGAGAAAGUCAAGUUGCUGACGGAUACUCUUUCUGCCAAAAACCUAGAAAUUGAAGCCCUUAUGCAAGCUCUUGAUGAGGAGGAGGUUCAGAUGGAAGAUUUAACGAGAAGAGUUGAGGAAUUGGAAAAAAUUGUGCAGCAGAAGAAUUUGGAUAUUGAAAACCUUGAAGCUUCUAGAGGGAAGGCUGUAAAAAAGCUGUCCAUUACUGUGAGCAAGUUUGACGAGCUUCAUCAUUUUUCUGAAAGUCUCCUUGUGGAGGUUGAAAAUCUUCAAGCACAGCUGCAAGAUCGCGAUAGUGAGAUCUCUUUCUUAAGACAAGAGGUCACUAGAUGUACAAGUGAUGCUCUUCUUGCAUCUCAGACAAACAUUAGGAGAAAUUCAGAUGAGAUUUAUCAGUUAUUGACAUGGUUAGGCACAGUAGUUUCUCUGGAUGUUGAUCUUCAUGAUAGCAGUCAGGUUCAUGAAUGCAAAGAAGUUAUUCAGAAAAAAAUAACUUCAAUUUUGUCUGAACUAGAGGACUUACGGGUAUCAGCUCAAAGCAGUGAUGGGUUAUUGCAAAUGGAAAUGAGUAAAGUAGAGGAUUUAACGCGCAGAGAACGAAGUCUUGAGAAAUCUUUGCGUGAGAAAGAAUCCCAAAUAAAUAUGCUUGCAGUUACUGGAGAAUUGGGGCAGCCAACUAGUUCAAGCUCUGAAAUUGUGGAAGUUGAACCUGUGAUAAACAAAUGGGCAGUACCUGGGCUGUCUACGAAGUCUCAAGUACGCAGUUUACGCAAACCCAACAACGAUCAAGUUGCUAUUUCUAUCGACAUGGAUUCUGGUGGCACUAGUAGACUAGAGGAUGAAGAUGAUGAUAAAGUUCAUGGUUUCAAGUCACUUACGUCAUCAAGAAUUGUGCCAAAAUUUACAAGACCUGUAACUGACAUGAUAGAUGGUCUAUGGGUUUCCUGUGAUAGGGCACUAAUGCGACAACCUGCUUUAAGGCUUGGUAUUAUGAUUUACUGGGCAAUAUUGCAUGUCCUGCUUGCAACUUUUGUGGUGUGACAAGCCAAGCUGGUUCUUAUAUAUUCCCGGUCUACAUUAUGCUUCUGACGGUUGCAGGCCUGCUUGUAAAUCAAUUUUUGUUCUCUUUAUUAAAUAUGCGGUCAGAUCGAUUGUUUCUACAUCAACCAAGCAACUUGUUAGAUUAACAUUUUAUAUCAAAAAUCCCAGAUUGCUCGGUUGCGACCAAUAAGAUAGAAAACCCUUUGUCUCUGUUAGCGAGGCCAUAGUUACAGAAUUUAUUUACUCAGACCCAACCGAAGGUUGUAUCAUGAUGAUUUCAUUCUUUACAGAAUCUCUAUUUAAGCCUGAAAAGGAAUAGGGUCUUCUCGUAAAAUUCAUCUGUACUUAUUUGGUA